GCGUGGAGGAUGGAGGAGGAAGGGGAGGGGACCCCGGUACCGGGCAAUGGAGGGAGCGGAGCCGCGGCCCCGGCCCCGGCCCCGGCCCCGGUCCGGAGGCGUCGGAAAGCGGCCAAGAAGCGGAAGGAGGCGGCGGCCGCGAUCCCGAGGGGCAAACCCAAGUCAGGGCGGGUGUGGAAGGACCCCGGCAAGAAGAGGUUCUCCCACAUGAUCCAGGACAAGGCCCUGCGCAGCUCCUGGCCUCGGAAGCUGCGGGAGCGGCAGGAGAAGAAGCUGGUGCAGGCCCUGGCUCGGCAGCUGCAGGAUGGGAAGAGGAGGGAGAGAGAGGAGAAGAAGAGGCGGCGAGAGGAGAACAUGAAGCGGAGGCUGGAGAAUGAGCGCAAGGCGGAGAUCGUGCAAGUGAUCCGGAACCCUCUGAAGCUGAAGCGAGCCAAGAAGAAGCACCUGAGGCGGGUGGAGAAGAGGGAUACCCUGGCCCUGCUCCAGAAGGAACCCAUCAGGAGCAAAGCAGCCAUGGAAUGAGCCGGGAAUCACCUCCAUGCUCUGU